CCUCCUCCCAUUUCGCACCGUCCCCGGCGCGGUCGGUCCCCCCACGCACGCAGAGCUACCGGAGAGCGCACCAUAAUAUAUUGCAGGGCACCGAGCAAAAGGGAAGCGAGCUUCUUCCAUGAUCAUCAUACCAUACCAAAACCUUCCACAAGCCACAACAGGGCCUGUGUGCUCCGUCCAGCUCGCUGUUGCUUUUGUUCAUUUUCAGAUUGCUUUGUUUUGUUUCCCUGAUCCUGCUAUACUGGGGCUCUAGAGCGUUUGCAAGGCAAAGGAGCAUUUCAGAAGUUUGGAAGAAAAGGAUGCAUCUGAAGUUUGAGGUGGCAUGAGUGGAGAGUGGAAGACAGAGAUACAGGUUCAGCUUGCAGCUCCUUUUCUCGACUUCUCCUGCCAUUGUUCAGUACAGGCAACAGGCGUUUGUAUUUGUGCCUUCUGAGGGGGUGGUCAAAUUGGUUAGCACAAAUGCUACAGCCUGGGAGACGAAGGCUUCUCCUUCUGUGCGCAAGCCUUGUGUUUCUUUCACUUCUUGUACCAUCCAAUGGCGCAUCGAAUUCCACGGAGAAUCUCAGUGAGAGCCGCAACAAGACCAGUCAUACUUUGGAGGUGACACCGAAAGUAUCGUUUCAGCUCAAGCUACACGCAUUGUUCCACUGGUCUUCGUUUGGUUUCUUGAUGCCUCUAGGAAUAAUACUAGUUAGAAUGUCAAGCAAAUGUCACAAUGGAAGAUGCAUCAGAGCUCUCUUCUACUGCCAUGCCAUUUCACAGACUGUGGCUGUCCUCCUUGCUACCGGCGGUGCUGUUCUGUCACUGAUGAACUUCGAAAACUCCUUCAGUAACAGUCACCAAAGGGUGGGACUGGCACUAUAUGGAGUCAUGUGGCUUCAGCCAAUUAUCGGUUUCUUCAGGCCAGAAAGAGGCGUUAAGGUGAGGAGCCUGUGGUAUUUCUUCCAUUGGCUCCUCGGAAUCUCAAUCUGCGCCACGGGGAUCGUGAAUGUCUACAUUGGCCUCCGCACCUACCAUGAGAGGACCACCAAGAGCGUGAAGCUCUGGACCGGCCUCCUCACGGUUGAGGUCACCUUCCUGGUUUUCUUCUACCUCAUGAUAGACAGAUGGAGCUACAUGAUGAAGCAAGGCCACGCCACUGUUGAGCAGCUAAGGCCAACCGAUAAUCGCAGAACCUAUCCGACCACUCUUCGGAAGGAGCUGGCUCUGGUGCAGGAGUGAAUCUCCAAAUAGAAAGGCAGUGCAUGAAGGCGAGGUGCUUUCAGAUUUGCUGAAGAAGAUGGUAAAUGCUCUAAUGGUUUGGUGACUUGUUUGCUUUGAGAGGUGUGAUGUUCUUUAGAAACAUGUGAGAGUGUGCAUUCCAGAAUAUAUAUUGUACAGCUUUUUACAGUUGAAUUGAGAAUGCAGAGGAUCGGAGCCUCUGGUGUUGAAACUUA